CUCGGAGUGCGGCAAGAGCUUCACCAGCUGCACCAACCUGCUGCGGCACAACCGCGUGCACUCUGGCGAGAGGCCCUUCACCUGCUCCGACUGCGGCAAGAGCUUCAAGAUGAUGAAUCACCUGAAGAUGCACCGCCGGGUGCACACGGGCGAGAAGCCCUUCAGCUGCUCCACCUGCGGCAAGAGCUUUGCUCGGUUGAUGGCGCUGCAGGAGCACCGGCGGGUGCACACGGGCGAGAAGCCCUAUGGCUGCUCCACCUGCGGCAAGAGCUUUGCCCGGUCGACGGGGCUAUUGCAGCACCGGCGGGUGCACAGCAGUGAGCGCCCCUUCACCUGCUCCGACUGCGGCAAAGGCUUUAAGUCGUCUACACACCUGUUGAUGCACAGGCGCAUGCACACCGGGGAGCGGCCCUACACCUGCAGCGACUGCGGCAAGGGCUUCACCCAGUCGUCGGGGCUGCUGCAUCACCGGCGGGUGCACAGCAGUGAGCGGCCCUUCACCUGCUCCGACUGCGGCAAAGGCUUCAAGUCGUCCACGGACCUGAAGUUGCACAGGCGCCUGCACACCGGGGAGCGGCCCUACACCUGUUCCGACUGCGGCAAGGGCUUCACCCGCUCCAGCAACCUGCUGCAGCACCAGUACACCCACACCAGCGAGCGUCCCUACACCUGCACCCAGUGCGGCAAGGGUUUCACCCACUCCACCAGCCUGCUGUCCCACCAGCGCACCCACACCGGUGAGCGCCCCUUCACUUGUGCCCAGUGCGGCAAGGGCUUCACCCAGUCCAGUCGCCUGCUGUCCCACCAGCGCACCCACACUGGUGAGCGACCCUUCACCUGUGCCCAUUGCAGCAAGGUCUUCACCCAGUCCAGCACCCUGCUGCAGCACCAACGCAUCCACACCGGCGAGCGCCCCUACACCUGCAUCCAGUGCGGCAAGGGCUUCUCUAGCUCCACCAGGCUGCUGGAGCACCAGUCCACCCACACGGGCGAACGUCCCUACACCUGCGCCCAGUGCGGCAAGGGCUUCACCCAGUCCAGUCGCCUGCUGGUGCACCAGCGCACCCACACCGGCGAGCACCCCUACACCUGCGCCCAGUGCGGCAAGGGCUUCACCCAUCCUAGUCACCUGCUGGUGCAUCAGCGCACCCACACCGGCGAGCGCCCGUUCACCUGCGCCAAGUGCGGCAAGGGCUUCACCCAAUCCAGCAACCUGAUUUCCCACCAGCGCACCCACACCGGCGAACGACCCUUCACCUGCUCCCAGUGCGGCAAGGGCUUCACCCAGUCCAGUCACCUGCUGGAGCACCAGCGCACCCACACGGGCGAGCGCCCCUACACCUGCACCCAGUGUGGCAAGGGUUUCACCCGCUCCUUGAAGCUGCUGUCCCACCAGUGGGUGCACGCCAGCGACCGUCCCUUACCCAGCCCCGUGUGUGGAGAGCACUUUGCCAUGGCCUCCCACGCCCCGUCUCACCAGCACGUGCACACCAGUGGCUAGCCCUACGACUGUCCGUACUGCGGUGAGGAGUUUGACUGCUCGCGGGAGUUGCGGCAGCACCGGCCGGCCCACGCCGGCGAGCUGCUGUUUCUACUACGGCAAGCGGGGGCUGCGGCUGCACCAGCGGAUACACACCAGAGAGAGACCCUUUAUGUGCGCUGAGUGUGGCAAAGGUUUCGCCCGCAUGUCCAGCCUGUGGCAGCACCGGCGUACUCACAGCGGUGAGCAUCCCUCUCCCUGCCCGUCCUGUGGUAAAGGCUUUGCCUGCUUUGACCACCUACUAGUCUAC